CGUGAGCAGCGAGCGAAGGAGAGCGGAGCGUGAGGAAUGCGCAUGCGCUCACCAUAGAAAAUGAUGGAUGAAAAAGAAGAUUUGGUUGAAGAUCUGCUCACUGAGUAUGCCAUACAGCUUAGCAUCCAAGAAUCAAAUGGGCCCAAACCACCAAUGUCUUCCAGCUAUAAUGACAGUUUUGUACCACCUAGUGAGGAAAAUAGAAAAAUUGUAACAUCCAUAAAACAAGGUGAAGUAUUUGGGCUCCAAGAACUAGUGAAACAGAAAUAUGCUUUGGAUGAAGCUGAUGAAAGAGGGUGGUUUCCACUGCAUGAGGCUGCAGUUCAGCCGAUUCAGCAAAUACUUGAAACCAUUCUAGAUGCAUCUUAUAAAGCAAUGUGGGAAUACAAAACAUGUGAUGGAGAAACACCAUUAACUUUGGCAGCAAAAGCUGGCUUCGUGGAGAAUGUCCGAACGUUGUUGGAAAAGGGUGUUUGGCCCAAUACCACAAAUGACAAAGGAGAAACUCCACUUCUCAUCGCUGUAAGAGGGGGCUCUUUUGAAAUGGUGUCCACUCUGAUUAAGCACAACUGUAGAAUCCAUCAGCCAUGUGUAAAACGUUGGUCAGCAAUGCAUGAAGCUGCAAAACAGGGACGCAAAGACAUUGUUGCUCUUCUUCUGAAGAAUGGUGGAAAUGUGAAUCUUAAGGAUGGAUAUGGAGUAACACCAUUAGGUGUAGCUGCUGAAUAUGGUCACUGUGAUGUGCUGGAGCAUCUUAUUCAUAAAGGUGGAGAUGUUCAGGCCUUAGCAGAUGAUGGUGCAUCGAUACUUUUUGAAGCAGCCGGAGGAGGUAAUCCAGACUGCAUAGCCCUUCUUUUGGAAUAUGGAGGAAGUGGCAAUGUGCCUAAUAAGGCAGGACUGCUUCCCAUACACAAAGCAGCUUAUGAGGGGCAUUACCUGGCCCUGAAGUAUCUCAUUCCGGUCACAUCCCAAACUGCAAUCCAAAAAAGUGGAAUAAGCCCUGUUCACUCAGCAGCAGAUGGCCAGAACUCACAGUGUUUAGAGCUCCUCAUUGAACAUGGUUUUGAUGUCAAUACUCUCUUGGCUGAACACAUUUCAGAUACUUACGAUGACAAAAGGAAAACUGCACUUUAUUUUGCUGUUUCUAACAAUGACAUUCUUUGCACUGAAAUAUUGCUCAAAGCAGGGGCAAAUCCAAACAAGGAUCCUUUAAACUGUCUUCUUGUGGCAGUGAGAGCUGGCAACCAUGAAACUGUAAGGCUUCUCCUAUCUUAUGGAGCAAAUGUCAACUGCUACUUUAUGUUGGUUAAUGAUACACAUUUCCCCAGCGCCAUUCAGUAUGCUUUGAACGAUGAGGUGAUGCUGAGGCUGUUGCUCAAUCAUGGAUAUAAUGUGGAGAUGUGUUUUGACUGUAUGCAUCAAGAUAUCUUUGGAAAUUCUUUUGUGUGGUCAACUCCAGAGGAAGAGAUUCUCCCCGGGUGGACUUCUUCUGUAAUAAAGGAUAAUCCAUUCUGUGACUUUAUUGCUGUUCCUUGGUUGAAACAUCUAGCAGGAAAAGUGGUUCGUGUUUUUAUAGACUACAUGGAUUAUGUUCCUCUAUGCACAAAAAUAAAGUUUGUCUUAGAAACACAGAAAGAGUGGACAGAGAUACGUCAGAUAUUGGAUAAUCCUCGCCCAUUGAAACAUCUCUGUCGCCUGAAAAUACGUAAGCUCUUGGGGUUAAAGAGACUGCAGCAACUGUCAUCCAUGAAGAAGUUUCCACUUCCACCAAUUCUCAAGAACUAUAUCCUAUAUAAAGAAUAUGAUCUGUAUGGAAAAGGGAUACAUUUAGAAUAGUUUUUAAAAAUAACCGCAUACAGUCUGUAAUUUGACUAAUUUCCUCACUUUUUUUUUACUAGCUAAAGAGUUGUUUGCGUUUCACAUUCAUUUACAACAUUUUCAUACUUGUCGUGAAUAGUUCUUUUAUGGGAACAAUAUUUUCUUUAGAACUAGUACAUUAAAGAUCAUGUUUUAGCACAACAUUUUACUACCCAAAUAUAAACUAAAAUCAGAAUAAAGAUGCUCUAAUAAUUACAUAGAACAGUAACCUCUAAAUGGGAAUUCAGAUGAGUAAAGGAUGGAAGGAUAGAAGAAGAAUUUUUGUGAUGGACUUCCCAAUGAAGAUGAUAAAUACAAUUGAUACUCUCACCUUGUGGCACUAGUUUAUUUAUAAAAGAAAAUAAAGGUCUAAUUUAGCUUGGCAAAGAAAAUUAAACCAUGAAAUGCAGGUCUUUAUCAUGUAG